GAGAUCCAAAUCAGCAGUUUCCAACACUGUGCCUCUUCUUAAAAGCCGUCUUGGUUUUCUCGUGUGAUUGAAGAGCUGCGAUUAAAAAAAAAGAAAACCUCCGUUCUUUAGUAGCUGCAUCAGAUGUGGAUGCGAGACAUUGUGUUGUACCAGGGACUGCACUGAGGGAGAAACGAGCCUAACUGUUGUCUUCAUGUAAAACUAGACAACCUGCAGACUGGACGUCGCCGUCAAUCUUCUCUUUGUUCCAGUUAUCAUAAUGAGCCUCUCUUGGUAGCCUUCUGCUUGAACCUUGCUAUUUUCUCAGCUAACAGAGCAUUCUCAUUUUACUUUGACCAUACAUACCAACCUCUGGGAUGGAUCGCCUGUGUCCGGGCGAAGGCGUUAGCCGGACACAGGCUUUUGUUGUCAAACUGUAGCCUGGAUUCUGGACCAAAGUGGAUUGUGUUCAACUUACUUCAUGUGAUUAUUUUCUGGAGUUAUUCAUUUGGAUCAGGGAUGGAUGUACCGGAAGCCAGCAAGCAUGGCAAGAAGUCGACAAGUCAAAAGCUGGAGGACCAGAAAAAGAUCUACACAGACUGGGCCAAUCACUACCUGGCCAAGUCUGGCUGUCCGCGUCUCAUCAAGGACCUGAGCCAGGAUGUCACCGAUGGAGUCCUGCUGGCACAGAUCAUCCAGAUCAUAGCGAAUGAGAAGGUGGAGGAUAUCAAUAGCAGCCCCAGGAGCCAGUCGCAAAUGAUUGAGAAUGUGGAUGCCUGCCUCAGUUUCCUGGACGCCAGAGGAGUGAAUGUACAAGGGCUCUCAGCAGAAGAAAUCAGGAAUGGCAACUUAAAGAGCAUCCUGGGUCUCUUCUUCAUCCUGUCACGCUACAAACAGCAGCAACAGCAACAGCAGCAGUAUUACCAGUCCCUGGUGGAGCUCAGCCAGCAGACCAGCAGCACCGCAUCAUCUGCCAGCAGCCACAAAUCACAAGAGAUGCAAUCCAGUCUCACAGCACGAUAUGCAAGUCCUCCAGGCCACAGUGGAAUAGGUUCACCACAGAAGAAAAACACCAGGUUACCAGGGCCCUCCAGAGUACCUGCUGCGGGCAGCGGGGCCUCCAGGAGCCCAGGCUCAUCCAACCUCAACCGUCGGAGCCAGAGCUUCAACAGCAUUGACAAGAGCAAGCCUCUUCAGUAUGCCAGUGGCAACGAUAGAGAGGCUGUGAGAGGCAUCCCAGUACCUAGUGGGAUGAAUGGAAGUGGUGUUGGUGGCAUGGUUCCCACCAGCCUCAGUGGGCAGCAGCUGGCCUCUGCCAUCCCUUCCCCCACAGCUGGCAAGUCCUGGCGCAGCAAGUCCAUGAAUCUUAAGCACAGCGCAACUUCAUCCAUGCUGGCAAGCCCUACACACUCCCCUUCUACCACCCCAUCACCGCAAGCCCCAGAAGGGGAUGGGUCAAAAGUAGGGUCAAGUGUUGCACUGCCUCAGAGGUCAAUGCUGGAGAAAUUUCGGCUGAUUAACCCCCGAUCAGCUUCAAGAGCAUCACCAUCUGUGGUGGAGAUGGCUUUGCAGGAGGAAGAUGACCUGUCAGAGUAUGGUGAAGAUGGAUUGACGCCUACAGGGUCAGCGUGCAGCAAUGUUAGUAGCAGUGCUACAGCCAAACAAAUGGCUACAAAGACCCCUGCGUCGUCCCUCACCGCACCAAGCAAAACGUCCUCAUCUUCACCCUCUUCUUAUUCAAAGGCGUCCGCCAGUGGUAGCAGGUCUCAAGCCUCCUCCAAAGACAAGGAGGACAAGAGCAAGUCUGGGAAGUCCUGUAAGGACAGCUCUCCCCCAAAAGAGGAGCGCGACACAUUUCCCGAGUCCACGAAGAAGACCUCAAAAAUCGCCAGCCUCAUCCCAAAAGGAGGGAAGUCAUCGUCAGGGAAGAAAGAUGGUGGCACCCCCUCAGCUUCAAGCGGCAUCCCAAAGCCAGGACUUAAAGCUCCCUUGGCAUCAUCAGCAAAGCCGCAGAGUCAGUCCCAGGCCCAAAACCAGGCCGCCUUAAACAGCAGCGGAAAUAUACGGGGAGGAGAGGGGGAGAGAGCCAAGCUAACCAAAGGGGGGCAAAGUGGGAGUUUCUAUAUCCAACGCUCCGUAGGGGGCUCAGAGGGCAAACGGACCAGCAUGACCUCGUCCACCAGCACCUCAGCCCUGUCUGCAUCCACUGUGGGAGGAAGUGGGGGAGGGGGAGGAACACCAGGAGGAAAUGGAGUAGUUCAGCUUCCCCAGCAGCAGCAGCACAACCAUCCUAAUACAGCCACUGUGGCCCCCUUCAUGUACAGGACAUUCUCAGAAAAUGACUGCACCAUGGUGGCCCCAGCCGACCCCUGCCUCAGCCCCACCAAGGGAGAGCUAGUCUACAGCAAGACAGCCAAACAGUGCCUGGAGGAGAUAUCAGGAGAAGACCCUGAGACAAGACGUAUGAGGACAGUAAAGAACAUCGCUGACCUGCGGCAGAACCUAGAAGAGACCAUGUCCAGUCUACGGGGGACACAGAUCAGCCACAGUACAUUAGAAACAACCUUUGACACGACAGUAACCACUGAGGUGAAUGGGCGGAGUAUACCUGCCCUCGCUGCACGCUCCUCCCCCAUGUCCUGGCGUCUGGGCCAAUCACAAACCCCACGUCUCCAGGCAGGUGACGCCCCCUCGAUGCCCAGUGGUUACGCUGCGCCCAGGGCGAGCACAACAGGCGCAGGCACCACCACAGGGCGCUAUAGUGGGCACUCAGACCCCUCCAGAUACCUUACAGAUGGCAGCCUUCAUCUGUAUGCACGGAACACCGGCCGAGCCUCAGAUGCAGCUUCUUCUCGAGACGUAUCCCAAAGAGGAAGCAAAGAGAUGCAGGGUGACAUUGACAGCUGGGAUGACAGCAGCUCAGUGAGCAGCGGCCUAAGUGACACACUGGACAACAUCAGUACUGAUGAUCUGAACACACCUGCAUACUCCUGUGUCAGCUCAUCGCGCAAAAGCAAAGGAGCGCAGUCCCAGAAAGGAAGCAGAUCCAAGCAUGUGGAGCAGGAGGUGAGCAGCAGUUGGGCUGGAGCUGAAGACCUGAAGAAGGUAGAGGAGGAGCUGGACGCAAGCAUGGAUCCUAGCAGUGGCUCUUCCCGCUGGAAGCCCUCCUCAUCUUCCCCAUCCUCCCAAACCCAGGGCCAGUAUGAGGACGCCAGUCAGAAGGCAGCUGCGCUGGCCCAGAUGUCCCAAACAGGCUCAUGGAGGAGGGGUAUGACAGCCCAGGUGGGCAUUACACCACCCAGAACCAAGGGGACGUCCGCUGCCCUGAAAACACCAGGCAAAACCGAUGAUGCAAAAGCCUCAGAGAAGGGUAAGGUGCCUUCCAAGAGCUCAUCUGGCAUCCAGCGCUCACCCUCAGAUGCUGGCAGGAGUAGUGGGGACGAAGGCAAGAAACCCCCAUCUGGCAUCACACGCCCACCCACCACAGGCUCAUUUGGUUACAAGAAGAUCCAGGGUGCCACUGGCACCCUAAUUACCCCCAGUGGUGCGACACUCGCCAGUGGCUCAGCCACCCUGGGCAAGGCACCCAAAUCUUCAGCUGCCAUCAGCAAAGGUGCAAGCAUCAGUGGUGUGCGGAAGACCAGUCUGGAUGGCUCACAGCCCCAGGAUGAUGGCAUCCUGCUCAGCUGCAGUGGCUCGAAAGUGACCCUGCAGUACCGCUCCUUACCGAGGCCAGCUAAAUCCUCCAGUGGGGUGGCCACAGGGCGCAGCGGGCAUCGCUCCAGCUCUAGCAGCAUUGACUCAAAUGUCAGUGGCAAGUCAGCUGGUGGGGCAACAACGCAAACAGGCGCUAAACGCAGGGAUGGAAAAGUGGGCUCAGAACGCUCUAGUCCCAUCACCAUCAACCAGACAGAUAAGGAGAAAGUGGCGGUGUCAGAUCAGGACCCAGCAGCAGGACUAUCCACCUCCCCAAAGUCUAGCCCCACCUCCACCUCAACAGGCCAGUCAGGCCUCAGGCAACCAGGCUCCAAGUACCCCGAUAUCGCUUCUCCAACCUUUCGCAGAUUGUUUGGUACCAAAGCUAGCAGCAAGGCCAGCUCUCCUGGCACGCCCGACUCUGGCAAGUGCCCCUCAAUACUGGGCAGCCCGCACGGCACACUGGCGAGACAAGCCAGUCUGGACUCGCCUUCCUCUGGCACUGGGAGCCUGGGCAGCGCUGGCGGCCUGAGCGGUGGCAGCAGCCCUCUGUAUGGUAAAACCCCAGACCUGUGCACCGACUCCCCGGCCUCCAGCCCAGCCUCUGGCCUCUCCCUGCCCUCCAACGCUCGGCCCUGGCCUGCCUGUAGCUCAUCUGCUGGCAGCAAGGACACACUGAGCUGCCAAAGCAUGACCAGUCUGCACACCAGCUCUGAGUCCAUUGAUAUGCCGCUGGGCCACCAUGGGCCCAAGGUUACACGAACCGGCAGUGUCAAGUCCACCCUGUCUGAGGGCAUGCCACUUGACAGAAACACACUUCCCAAAAAGGGACUGAGAUACCCUACCUCCUCCAGGCAGACAUCUCAUGAAGAAGGGAAGGAGUGGUUGAGGUCCCAUUCAACAGGAGGCCUUCAGGAUACUGGCAGCCAGUCCCCUCUGUCUCCUCCUGGAGCCUCUUGCACCACCACAGGAAAAUACCACUACUCCAACCUCUUGAGCCCUACCAACAUCAGUCAGUAUAACCUGCCACCAGGCAGCAGCAGCAUGAGCCGCUCCAACAGUAUCCCCACCCAGGACUCCUUUGACCUGUAUGGAGAGGGUCACCCACUGGGUGGCAGCGCAACCUCUCUGGAGGAACGACCACGUGCCAUCAGCCGCUCUGGGUCCUUCAGAGACAGCACUGAUGAAGUCCAUGGCUCCUCACUGUCUUUGGUUUCCAGCACGUCGUCACUGUAUUCUGCGACAGAGGAAAAAGCUCACUCAGAGGGUCAAACAGUCCAAAAUUCCACGCAAAUCAGAAAGCUGCGUCGGGAGCUGGACGCCUCUCAGGAGAAGGUGGCGACUCUGACAUCUCAGCUGGCUGCCAACGCUCACCUGGUGGCAGCCUUUGAGAAGAGUCUGAGUAACAUGACCUGCCGCCUGCAGAGCCUCACCAUGACCGCUGAGCAAAAGGAGUCCGAGUUGGCAGAGUUGAGGGAGACGAUAGAAAUGCUGAAGACCCAGAACACAGACGCCCAAACAGCUAUCCAGGUGGCACUCAAUGGCCCAAACCACCUUGACAAAGAUCUGAGGAUUAGACGGCAGCACUCUUCAGAAAGUAUGUCCAGUAUUAACAGCGCAGCCAGUCAUUCCAGUAUGGGCAGCUUGGGCAAGGAUGCCGAAGACAAAAAGAAGAAGAAGAAGAGCUGGGUGGCCGAUUCCCUCCCGGCUCAGUUACGAAGCUCCUUCAAGCAGGCGUUCAGCAAGAAGAAAACCAAAUCGCAGUCAGCCCACGAUGAGAUGGAGGAGAUGACCGACUCUCUGCCUUCCUCACCCAAACUGCAGCACGACAACAGGCAAGGCAGUAUCGCCACGCUGCGCUCUUCACCCUCCACCACAGACAAGUGCGUUUGCGAUAGCAAGUCUUCCCCCAUUUGGACGCCAAAGAAAAAGCUAAAUGGUUAUGUGGUCUACAAGCACAGAUCUCGGCUAUGUGAAUGCACUGAGGCUGAGGCAGAAAUCAUCCUCCAGCUGAAGAACGAGCUGAGGGAGAAGGAGCUCAAGUUGACGGACAUCCGCCUGGAGGCACUUAGCUCUGCCCAUCACCUGGACCAGAUCCGAGAGGCCAUGAACCGCAUGCAGAAUGAGAUUGAGAUGCUGAAAGCAGAAAAUGAUCGUCUGAAGUCCAGCGGUAACGCAACACCGACAGCCACACCCGUGAAGACAGCCCGGCCACCCUCUGAGACCUCUAGCACCUCCUCAUCCUCCUCACGUCAGUCCUUGGGGCUGUCCCUCAAUAACCUCAACAUCACAGAUACCAUCAUGUCAGAUAUUCUCCUCGAUGACAGCUAUGAGGGCAACCUACGCAAAGAGGGCCGCAGUGUGCGAAUAGUGGUUACCAUCAGCAGUGGGCCAAAUAUCACCAAGGGUACACAAAGCCAGGAGUACCUGAUUGGGUCUAUAGGUGUGAGUGGGAAAACCAAGUGGGAUGUCCUGGAUGGGGUUAUCCGACGCCUCUUUAAAGAGUAUGUGUUCCGCGUGGAUCCUCUGACCAGCCUGGGUCUCAGCUCAGACAGUAUUGUCUGCUACAGGAUGGGUGAGGUGAUUCGCUCCCAUGCCUCUGAAGUGCCUGAGCUGCUGCCCUGCGGCUACCUGGUGGGUGGCAACAACAUCAUCAAGGUCAACCUUAAAGGUGUUAAGGAGAACAGCAUAGACAGCCUCGUGUUUGACACUCUCAUCCCGAAGCCCAUCAUCCAGCGAUAUCUCAACCUGUUGAUGGAGCACCGUCGGAUCAUCCUCUCAGGACCCAGUGGCACCGGUAAAUCCUUUCUGGCUGCCAAACUGGCUGAGUACAUCAUUUCCCACAUGGGGCAGGAAGUGACGGAGCACAAUGUGGCCAGCUUUAAUGUCGACCAGAAUUCCAGCAAGGACCUGCGUCAGUACCUAUCAACCCUGGCUGAGCAGUGUAACUCUGAGGACACGGACACAGAGCUCCCCACUGUGGUCAUCCUGGACAACCUCCACCAUAUCGGCUCUCUCAGCGACAUUUUCAAUGGCUUUCUCAACUGCAAGUAUCACAAAUGCCCUUACGUUAUCGGGACCAUGAAUCAGGGGGUGUCUUCGUCUCCUAACCUCGAACUGCAUCACAACUUCAGGUGGGUGCUGUGCACCAACCACACUGAACCAGUCAAAGGUUUCCUGGGGCGCUUCCUACGGCGGAAGCUGAUUGAGACAGAGAUUGAUAAGAAUAUGCGCAGCAAUGACCUGAUUAAGAUCAUUGACUGGAUCCCCAAAACCUGGCACCACCUCAACAGCUUCCUGGAGGCACACAGCUCCUCGGAUGUUACCAUAGGCCCUCGUCUGUUCCUGUCCUGUCCCAUGGAUGUAGAGGGUUCUCGGGUUUGGUUCACUGACCUGUGGAACUACUCCCUGGUGCCCUACCUGCUGGAGGCUGUCAGGGAAGGACUGCAGCUGUACGGCAAAAGAGCUGCAUGGGAAGAUCCAUCCAAGUGGGUGAAUGACACAUAUCCAUGGAACGCCGCCUCACUGCAGCAGGACGGGCAGUCGCUGCUCCAGCUGAGGCCGGAGGACGUGGGAUAUGAUGGAUACAGCUCGUCCAAGGAGGGCGCCUCAUCCAAGCAAGUGUCUCAGAGUGACACUGAGGGAGACCCACUGAUGAACAUGCUGCUACGGCUGCAGGAGGCAGCAAACUACUCCAGCACGCAGAGCUGCGACAGUGACAGCACCAGUCACCAUGACGACCAGCUAGACUCUUCACUGGAGUCAGCACUAUGAGAGCAAGAGAUACUGAUCCCCUAGCCCGCACCCCUUGGACCUCCCAGAACCUGGGAACUAUCAAACCCCCAUCAUUACCGGACGCCCCUAUAGUUAGCAAAUGAUAUAUGAAAAGUUUUAUUAUCCAAAAUGAUUUACCCAACAUUUGAGAGAGAAAAAAGCCUAUUUUUACACAGCGAUGGUGCAAUAUUAAAUCAGAUUAUUUUAUGUCUUAAAGAUGUGUCUUCAACUUGGUCCCCGGUGAUCAAAAAGGUAAACGACAAUAUGCGUAAGAUCGAAUCUAUUUUACUGACAUCGGAUAGUGUUCGCCAGUCAUUUUUAAUGGAUGUGUAACAUUUGAAGAAUACAACUUUUCAUAUAUAUUAUAGGUUUUAGUGUGUCUGAUAAGGAACAUCACACUUUGUUCACACUUUUCAUUUUGGGUGUGAGAAAAUGAAAGAAGUUCAGCGUGAUCAAACUGGAUUUUUGUUAUCUAGUUAUAUUUUCAGGUGUUUACAUUUAGGGUCGGGUUUUGUCGUGUAUGUCUUUCCUUGUUUACAGAGGUGCUUCUCACAGACACACACUCAAAUGAAUGCACUUGCACACAGGCAGCAGGAGGAGACUCUCUGUUAAUGAAAGCUUUUAAAAGUUCAGGCCAUCAUUUAAUCUACAGUCCAGCCUGCCACAGUGUCCUUGAGCAAAGUACCAUAUCUCCACCACUUCUGACUACCCUGAUCUCUUACACUAUCUUUCAGGUGAUGUAAUGCUCUCUAGUGGCCACAGGCUGUUUUACAUCCAGUGUGUUUACACACAAAUCAUCAGGUUUCAGUAAAAGUUAUUUAUGGUCAACCAAACCUGCUCCUUACUGGGUUUGGAGUAGAUUUUGUUCACCGCUGUACCAUUUUAAAAAAAUAUCUUUGCUUUUUGUGAACAUGACGAGGGUGUAGCUAAUAUUGGAACAUACUAACACACUCUGCUGCCCUCAGCUCAGUCACUAGUUGAGCCUCGUGGUGCUGGUCUCCUGCCCUGAACGUUGUCAGCGUCAGGCACUGCCAAGCCGCUCCUCGCCCCCCCUCCAUGCCGACAACAAGCACAACGAAAGUGCAUUAUCUGUGUGUGUGUGUGUGUAUGUGUGUGUGUGUGUGUGUGUGUCAUCCAGUCUCACUACUACUGUGAAGAAAAAAAUUGAAAAGUGCCAACGUUUCAUUUCGAUUUGACUGCCAAAUGUAAACACAAUGCAGAGCCUAACAUGGUUGUAGACUUAGAUUACGCUGUUCUUGGCCUGCUGUCAAUGUUUAGCUGAAAUGUACCGUGAUGAGAGCAGACAGCGCCCUCUGUGGAUUGUAACAGGAGUAACCAAGUAUUUUUGGCAGUCUGCACAGGGUUUGGUGCAACGUAGGCUGACCCUGAGUUCAGUAAUACCUAACAGAGUAGCAUGGUAUUCUGCGGCCCUCAUUAGAAAUUCUUUUUUGACAUGUGCUUCGGUUUCUACCCGUGAGGUACCCGAAAAGAAUCCAAAUUGUCGCAUCCGUAUACAAGUUAACCAGAUCAGUCAAAGAGCUGAAUAGGGGAACAAUGAUAUUGGUGCUUUCUCCACUGCCUUAAAUGUUCAAAGUUUUUUUCAAGCAUCUUCUGGUGAGAAGACGAGAUAGUAUUGAUAUGCUUCCUGCUAUGUCAAAGAUGCUGCUUGCAGUGGGACAAACAGCCACUUUUGUUUGUUUUCCCUCCCUUUCCCUCUAAAGCACCCUUUCUCCUUUCUGACAGUUAGAUUAUAAAAGAGUGGAUAGUGUAUUUGAAUUUGACCAAUAUUGUAUGAACAUUUAAAAAAGUAUAUAAAAUAGAGGGGUUGGGGUAUUUUUUUAAGUUGUUGUUUUGUGCCCAGUUGAGCUGGGCUCACUUGAACUGAUAGGAGCACAACCAAACUGUUUCAGGUGUUCUUGCCUGAUGAGCAUGUCUUGAACCUUUUUAAAGGGGAUGCAUUAUGAGGAGACCUUUACCUUUAUGUAUGCGUGUAUUGGACGGAAGCCAUUUAGAUUUUUGAUUGUCCUCUCUUUGUUUAUCGAGUGGGUUGGUUUUGCACACUUUGAGGUUGGGUUGGGUUGUAAAUACUUAAGUCUUGCACAGUGAAUCAAAGAUGCAUUUUGCCCUGUCGAUGUUCCAAUAUGCUUAACCCGCCGAAUAAAUUAUUGUACUUUGAAAACAGAGAGAAAAAAAAGAAAUGCAAAAUUCAACACGCUGUCAGAAACAGGUGUGUGUCUUGUGGUGAUUGGAUGUUGUGCCUAUGCAGGAGGCAAACAGUGUACAGUAAGAAACAGCUUUUUUUAACUCACUGAAAUCACAAAAGGAGAAGAAAAAAAAUAGGCACUUACUCCAGUAUUCCUCAUCCUGCCAUAAUAUUUUCUGGAUCUUAGGAAUCCCAGUUGUUCAUUAGAAACACUUCCCCUCUGGACAUUUUAACUGAAGCUUACCGCCACGUUAGGCUUGCUAGUUGGCCGAGGCACCGAAGCUGAUCUGACACCGUACUGUAAACAUUUACCAACAACCAACAGGUGCUACUGGUCAGAGCCCACCAGAGACCAAGAAGUCAUGUUGUCACAACCUCAGGACAAUUCUAUCCUCUACAAUCCUACCUGUGUUCAGCUUCACGCGUGUCUCCGCAGCCAAGUUGUUGAUGGUCCGCACAUUCUUUUGGCAAAGGGGUGUAGUUGCAUGCUAAAGGGGUGGUUGCUCCUUACCUAGACUUACACCCGCAUAUCAAACCUAUCUACACUCCUGUUAACAGUGUACACCAUGGUGACAUUUUCCCCACUUAACACUUUGCAGUUACAUCUCAGUUGAAAACCAUAGCAUUUACUCUGGUUUGAGAGAACGUUUUCUUCUUUUUGGGUGAAACAUUUGUCCUUAAAUGUUUUAUAUUUUGUACAUUUGUAUGUAACAUAUCAUGUAAAUAGACAGAGACAGUGAUUUACCUCAUCUGGAGGAUUUUGUAGUCUUUGUAAAGCCCUAAUAAAUGGUAUUUGGUGUCACA